ACGGGGACAGGGGCGUGGCCGACCUGCUCCCCAUCAGGCUGGAGUGACCAGUGGUGAGCUGCCCAGAUGUGGACUCGAUCCCGGAGUUUCUCCCACGAGGCUCAGGGACUGAUGGUCUGAAGGACCAUCCCCGUUACGGGCCGGGGGCCGGGGAAGAAGGCAGUGUUGAUGUUCUCCUGUCUGAGCCCAGUAGGCCCAGAGCAAGCCUGGAGGGAGGCAGCUGUGAUGGGAACCCGCCCAGAGGCCCCCCGCCUGUGCCGGGCCCCCUGGCUCCUGGGAUUCACCAGCCUCCUCCUCAGCGCCUUCAGCACUGCGGUCAGGAGCUCUGGGGCCCGUGGAUCUGGAGUGGAGGAUUCCAGAAACCUAGUUUCCCUGAAGGGGACUCAAGGCGGUUCUGUGGUGUUUCAUGUCACCAGACGUCCAGAAGUACCUCCUGAAGCCAAGCUGGAGAAGAUUUCUUGGGCCGUUAAAAACGAGUCAAACUACAUAGUCCUCCUGCACGUCUCUCCUGGGGUGGAUGUUCCAGAAUGGGUCACCUCCAAGGACAAGUUCAAGAAGAGGGUCCACGUGCUCAACGAAACGACCCUGAGGAUUGACAAGCUGACCCUCGAGGACAGUGGGUGGUACCGGGCUCGAUGCUCCUUCAGCACAGGGAUAGAAAAUGCCCAGUAUUUCCACCUCAGUGUCUACGAGCCCGUGCCCCGUCCCCAGGUCCUGGCCGAGGUUCUGUCCCUCACACGAGACUGGUGCAACGUCACCCUGGAGUGCCACACCCCGGGAGCCACAGGGGCCGUGAACGUGUCCUGGGAGAGCAAGGGCCUCCCCAGGGAGCUGGAGCAGAGAGGGGCCCCAGGACCGGCCUCCAACCCCUGGACCCUGGCUCUGAACCUGCCCCUGAGCCAGCCCAGCCCCAGCGUCACCUGUGUGGUCAGCAGCCCGGUGGACCAGAAAACUGUCACCCGGGACCUUGGGGAAGUCUGUGUCCACGAGCAAGAAACAGGUCCACAAGGACAGGCCGGUUCUGCCCACGUGGGAGCCAUCCUGGGGGCUCUUGGGGUCGCGCUGCUGGUCCUCGGAGCUGGGCUGUACCUGCGGUGCUCACGUGGGAAGAGGAAGAGCUUGGAGACUGGGAGAGGUGCAGGGUCGCAGGAGAAGCACAGGGACCAAUGUGGUGGCGUCCUCUAUGCAGAGCUCAGCAGGCCGAUGUCCCAGGACGGCAGGGACAAGGGAUCGGAGGAGCCACAUCAAGAACAGGAGAGUCCUCUCCAUACUGUCUACACUGAAGUCCGCACGCCAGGCCAGGUCAGGAUGGAGGUUUAAUUGGAAGAAGCAGUCUCUGGCGACACCUCAGUUAUGUGUGUGAAGCCUGCACCCUGGUCCCGCUCCUCCCCCCGUGACAGCUCUGAGCUUGGACGGAUUGAGCCGACAUUGGUGAAUCUCUAUGCAAAUUCCUUGUGCACAAUUUCACCAGAAGACACACGUCAUGGUAGAUCGAGGGGGGGAACUGGGUAUGCAAAUCUAUCCAAACCUGUGUCCAGUCCAGCUCAGCAUCUGCUCCUUGGCCUCCCUGCACGGACCCCAGGCCCCCCCAUGGACCACAUGAUUCUGCCUGUCAGAGCCCUCAGCCUCUGGGACACAGUCAUUACGAAUUCACACCGUCCAGCCUCCACCAGGUCACCACCUCCCACAGUUAGUAUGUGCUCGAGAGCUAUUCACAUAGUACUGGGACCCGCAGGGCUUGCUGAGCUGCGGCUCCGGGACAGGGACGGACCUCGUCGUUCUCACGUCCCUCACGCCCCGCGUCCUCAUAGACGCUCGUGAGCUGGGACCCUUGUGCCCACUCUACGGACGAGACGCAGGAGACCAGAAAGGCAGUGCUCACGGCCGCCCGAGCAGCUCCCCAGCCGGGGUGCAGCCCCAGGGCCCGUGUUCCAGGCCCCCGUCUGCUCUCCCGGGCCUGGGACCCCCUCCCUUCUUCCCGGCGUGCUGCCUCCUGGCCCAGCCUCCUGUUUCUCAGGGAAAGAGCAGAAGCUGGUAACUGACAGUGUCUCAAAGGAGCACACACACACCAGCCUCCAGCCUCUGCUGUGUGUGCAUCAGAGCUAAGGCUCCCAGAAACAUCCGGAUUGCCAUUGAGAGGAGGAUUCUGUGUCUGAGAACAGGGUCGGCACCUGGCGAGGGGCAGAGCAGGGAUGUGUCUGAACUGUGCAGUAAAUGCUCUGAAACAAGC